CAGACAUUUCGCGCUCGAGCGCCCAAUCCCGCGAAAAAUGGCUUCCUCUUCCGCCGCCGCCUCCUCGUCCACGCUACCCCCGUCUGUCUUCAACCCGAGGCGGCAUGUCGGAGUGCAUGCGGAACGCGUGUCAGACGUGUCGAGCACGGAUUAUCCCGGCCACUAUCCCGGCGAGGACCAUAGUUGGAACUUGGCGAAGUUCAAGGAGGACUUUAAGAUUGAGGUGAAGAGGCUGUCUCAGCGGUCUGUAGAGUUUGACCUUGUCGGUGUCGACGCGUCCAUGGCAAAUGCGUUCCGGAGAAUCCUCAUCGCAGAGAUUCCUACCUUGGCGAUAGAACAUGUCUAUGUAUCCAACAAUACCUCCGUCAUCCACGACGAGGUCCUCGCACACCGCAUCGGUCUUGUCCCACUGAACGUCCCUCCAUCUUUGAUCAAGUACCGCAGCCCAAAUGGCGUUCCAACCGACCAGGACACGAUUGUGUUCAAGCUUGAGCUGACAUGCGAAGUCGACAAGAAUGCACCGAAGGAGAAGGGCGCACCGCGGAAGCUCAUACACGAGGAAGUGCUAAGCGGUGACCUUCUGUGGAUCCCUCAGGGUGAGCAGCAGUCGGUGUUCACCGGUGCUCUUCCCAUCCCUGCCCCCACAAACAAAAACAUCGUCCUUGCGAAGCUACGACCAGGUCAAGAAAUCGACAUGGACCUCCACGCAAUAAAAGGUCUCGGGAAAGACCACGCAAAAUGGAGUCCCGUCGCCACCGCAUCCUACCGCCUCCAUCCCCUCAUCAUCCUCAACCCAUCAAAACCCGUCCCUCCACAUCUUGCCCAUAAAUUCGCAAAAUGCUUCAGUCCCGGGGUCGUACAGGUCAGCAAGGACGGGGAAAUCUCAAUUGACGAGCGGAAUCUGCGGAAGGAGAGCAUGUCGCGCGAGGUGCUCCGGCAUAAGGAAUUCGAGGGAUGCGUGGAACUCAAAAGGGUCAGGGAUUGGUUCAUCUUCACGGUCGAGUCGGAAGGGCCUUACGCGCCGCAAGACCUCUUCCCUGAAUCCAUCCGCGUCAUGCGAGAAAAGAUCGCCAACAUUCGGCGUGCGGCGGAGGCCCUGCUGGCGGACGCAGAUGCCCCUGCCGGCCCGGGACCUGAUGGCGAUGUCGAGAUGGGUGGCGUAUGAGGUUGUCGAGUAUCGUCGCAGGUCACCGUCGUGCAUGUUGGGCUCUGUUGGGCUUGUACUUGUGUUCGAAUCAUAUCGUAGGGUUCAUUAUGUGUCGCUCUGCCACUGCUCCUGGGCGAUUACAGCUCGUGCACUGUUGUAUCUGCAAGUUGAGUUGUACGUUCAAAGAGA